CUCUCUAUGCCUGCAAUUCAUGGCGAUCUCAUUCCAACAGAUCGCCGCGAUGUCCUUAGAAUCAGUUCAAAUCGGGUAUUUGCCCCCUGCAGACAAAAUCACUGCAGAAAACUUGCACUUGCUUGUUGCAUAUGCUCAGUCCAAAGGCUUUGAUUAUGUUGUUUCGCCAAUUAACAGCCCUUCAUAUCAACGGGUUCUGUUCGAGGGCCAUGGACCACAGAGUCCAGAUUUAACCAUGUGGAGGGCUGGAAUGGAAGCGCUUAAACCUGUUGAUCUUGUAGUUCGGACCGCUGAUCAUUCUGACUUGAUUGUUGGAACUCUAUCGGAGUGGCAGGAUUUUGAUUCCAAGGAUCCUAAAAUACGCCUUCAUUCGGAACUGGCAUUAAGACAGCAGUUCAAUUGGGCAUCGCAUUUAGGCUUGGGAGGCAUCUUGUUACCCUAUCCUCCUUCCACUAAGCCUCUGACAAACUAUGGUCGGGUAGUCACAGGAUCUCUCUCCAUGGUACCAUACACUGCCUGUUGGCUCAAAAUACCAUGUAUGGAUGAACAGCUAGAGAUAGGUGUCCCUGAGGAGUUGCAAGGAAUGAAGAGCUGGGAGCGUUGGAAUAUAAUUCAUAAUAUGGUUGGUUCAGAAUCUAAGCUUGGAGUAGCGCUUGAGCUUUCAGGCUCGUUACCAACAGACCAAGUCCUUGAUCGUUGGUUUGCAGAGCCUGUCAAGGUUAUUAUUUUGCCCGAAGAUACAUUUCUGACCAAUGGCAAAGGCUAUCCAGUACUUUCUAAACGUCAUCAGCAUGUAGUUAGAAAAUUUAUGAAAUUCAAACCAUACUUUAUUAUUGCAUCUUCGAAGAUGGCAGAGUUGACAUUGGAUGACACCUCAGUAUCACCUCAUGCAGACUAUAUACGGUAUAUGCAUAGAUCGCAGGAUGCACCCAGUGUGAUUGAUCAGUUUGCGACAGGCUAUCAGGAUUAUUUACAGGCACCGCUCCAACCUCUACAAGACAAUCUCGAAUCUAGUACAUAUGAGACCUUCGAAAAGGAUCCUGUCAAAUAUCAACAAUAUGAAUUGGCUAUAGAAAGAGCUUUGAGGGAUCGUCCAGUAGCCGUUAAUGACGAGGAGGACGUCACAAUCGUCAUGGUAGUUGGGGCUGGGCGUGGCCCCCUUGUAGAUUGUUCACUUCGUGCAGCAAAUAGGGCAGGAAAAAACAUUCGCGUUUAUGCCGUUGAAAAGAAUCCUAACGCCUUUGUAACGAUACAAAACAAAAAAGCUACUCUCUGGGGUGACCGCGUUAAUAUUGUGUUUUCGGAUAUGCGAACAUGGAGUCCACCUGAACAGGCACAUAUUCUUGUUAGUGAACUACUUGGCUCAUUUGGUGAUAACGAAUUAUCUCCUGAAUGCCUCGACGGUGCACAAAAAGUCCUACGACCGGAUGGUAUCUCAAUUCCUGCGGAUUACACAACAUUUAUUGCGCCUAUGUCCUCAAGCAAGCUCCAUGCCGAUGUCUCUGCAUUCAAAGACUUGUCUCAUUUCGAGACGUCCUACGUGGUAAUGUUCAAAGCCGUCUCCUUACUUGCACAGCCGAAGCCGAUCUGGUCAUUCGAACACCCAAACAAAAUGGAUAUUCCAAUGAACCAAAAUCCCCUGAGCAAUCACCAUAACAUCCGCUCAGGGUCGAUCGAGUUUACCUGUCAGGUUAGCGGGAUGGUACACGGUGUGGCUGGAUACUUUGAGUCGGUACUCUAUAAAGAUGUAAUGCUAAGCAUCAACCCAGCAACUCAUUCCCCAGGUAUGUUCAGUUGGUUUCCCAUAUAUUUUCCCAUCAAGACGCCUAUAUAUGUCCCUGCAGGAUCACAGGUAGUCUUGGACUUUUGGCGUCUGACAGAUACACGCAAAGUAUGGUACGAGUGGCGUGCGGAACAAAUGCCAGCAGGAUCUACACAUCUCAAUCCUACCACUCUUACGGUGGACUUGCUGAGCCAUAUCACGGAAGCACAAAUGGAAAAUGUAAAAGACCAGAGACUGUCAAAGCCAUUCUUUUUGGAACGUCGGACGACAAAUCCAAUGGAAUUACAUGAAAUCCGUGUCAACGUUGCUUGCUUCCUUUCUAGGAGAGAACUUAGGAAUUGUAUCCUUGUUUGUGAGGCUUGGUGGGAAUCUUUUAUGCCAUUUCUCUGGAUCGAUCUUCGACCAGUCUAUCAUAAUGUCUUGGGCAGUCCAAACGACUAUCCAUCUCCCAUGCUUAUGCGGAAAAAUGGACAUUUGAUCAAGACAUUUGAGUAUAAUGGACAUGGUACUGUACUAUUAUCCAUGAUCCCACAUAGUGACGGCCCCUACAAGAGCGAGGAACUUGAGUGGCGCAAAUCACAACAAGAGGAAGAUAAUGAGGCCAACUGGCUGUAUGCAGACGAGGAUCUUGAUUCCGAGACGUCUAUUGAUCCAGAAGAGACAUUAAGCGAUUUUGAGGAGCGGAUCGAAAAGAACAAAAUCACACGUCAGAACAGAAUGCUCCAGUUGCAGGAAGUGAAGCUAACCAACAAGCGGCAAAAUGAAACCAGUCGAUUCUUAAAUGAUAACACAGACUACCGGCACAAUAUCUGCAACCAGAUUGAGAAACUUAUUUUCACGGAAAAGAGAUUUUCAAGGGAUCAAGGAUGCCAUUAUCGAAACUGGAUCAAGCUGAUGCAACUCAACCAAGAUCAUCUUCGCAGUUUGGAAUUCAAUUUUGCAAUUCGAUCAAUUGAAGCCUUUCGUGACAUUUUUCACCAAAUUACGUUGUUAAAACAACUUUCAGAGCUCACGCUUGUUGACAAUGAUCUCGAUAUACCAAAGACCAAGACAUUUUUGGAGAUGAUAUGCGUGCGGCUGAGGAAGUUAGAGCUGAAGAAUGUUAGAAUUUAUCAUGGUCCUCCCCAUGGAUAUCUCACCCAAAGCCCAUUAAAUAUUCCGAUCACACGGAUGGAACGAAUGAAGUCGCUAGCCUUUAUUAAAGUCCAGUCCCGGAACACCGACUUUACGACGCUGUUCCUUCGACAAUGUCCUAACCUAGUUGAGCUAGUAUUUCAUUUGCAAUGGCCACAGACUAGUCAGCAAUUUGCUGCAAUACUUUCCGAAAGACUCAUUAAUGUUACGCAUCUCACAUUUAAGGCUUCAGGCGUCUCCGACUUGGGUGCAUCAGAAAUCAUUAAAUCCCUUCCUAUUCUUCAGAAGUUGGAUUUAUCAGAAUCAGCAUUUGGCUUGGUGGCGACCAAUCACCUGUCUAUCAAGCACCAUUUCACUAUUUCAUGCCUAGACAUCCGAGGCUGCUCACAUGUGACAGGAUCAAUGAUUCAGAGAAUCCUUGGUGAAUGUCGUAGUCUUCAGUCGUUUUGCGCAGACCAUAUACAUGCCAGAGAUAUAGUUAACAACUCUGUAUACCCAACUUGGGCCUGUAUUGGAUUGAAGGAAUUAAGUCUGGAUUUCCAAGGCAAUCCUAAUGAUAUUGAAGCCAACCUUAAAAUUUACAGGCAACUCGCGCAAUUAGUUUGCCUGAAACAUCUAAAUAUCAGUCGCAGCGAUCGCAUGAAUAAUACAAAUGGUUACUCAAAUUGCCUGACGUUGGGACUCAGGGCAGGACUGAAGGAACUGAGGACGAUGGUUCACAUGCAAAGUCUAACCUACCGCGGGCUUGUAAACAAUGAAGUUGGAGUGGUCGAAUUGCAAUGGAUGGCAAAAGCAUGGCCGCAACUUUCGCAGAUUAGUGGCAAACUGAUAGAGCGAAAAUCCACCAAAUUUAACGUCAAUAUUUUACCCAAAUUGACAGCAUUUUCAUCAGGGGUACACUCGCUGAACGCAAGGAACAAUGACCAUAGCAGUGUCGAUGAGAGAUCUAUGGCCACACAUUCCUCCCAGAUACAACAGACAAUAACCAGCACGAAUCGAUCCUUUUCACAGUCCCUAGAUCAUAGAACAAGAAAUCAAGCUCCGCCAAAUCUCUUGGUAAUCGAGCUACGGAGGCUAAAACUUAACCAUCGGAUCCAGGUCAUCCACCAUGUAGAAGAUACCAUUACACCAGAACAGCGGCGGCGUCAAAAAUAUCUUCUAGGGGGUUCGUCCGAGGAUGAAUCUGAACGUCCUCUUUUUGGUCAUAUUGACCCGCGCUAUAGAUAG